UUCAAUGGAUACAUAAUAGCAGCGAGGGGCAUGCAUCUCAUACAUAUGUGUGAGCAGAUAAGAAGAGAUCUCAUGGUAAGGCAGGUAGAAAAAUUGAAAACGAUGGCUGGGGUUAGUGAUAGGGUGUGUCCAGCCAUAAUGAGGGCUCUUGAAAAAACUAUGGCUAAGAGUGUGACAGCUUAUGUUUUUCCUAACAUGACAAAGAAAUAUGAGGUGAGUUAUGAAGGAAGGGCUUUUGUUGUUGAUGUGAAUGCGAGAAGUUGCACAUGUAGGGCAUGGGAUGUCACUGGAAUACCAUGUCUUCAUGCAUGUGCUGCCAUUAACUUUGAGGGUGAGGAACCAUCUGCAUAUGUGCAUACAUACUACACAGUUGAAAGGUAUCUAGAAGCAUAUAAGUAUGCUAUAGAGCCUUUGGUGAGUGAGGAGAUGUGGCCUACGGCCGAGGGACAUCCUGUGAAGCCCCCCUUGAUUAGGAAGCUGCCUGGUAGACCCAAGAAAGUGAGGAGAAGGGACCCUGAAGAAGAUCCUAAAAAUCCACACAAAUUGAAGAGGUUUGGGCUACGGAUGACCUGUACAAACUGCCAUCAAAAAGGACACAAUAUCAAGACCUGUAAGAAUGAGAAGGCACCGCCUAAGCCCAAGGGCAAGAGAGGAAGGCCAAGAAUUCAUCCAAUCCAACCUCCAAGACCAAAGAAAAGUAAGGGUGAGCAGACAACAACAUCAAGUGAGCAAGUUCAAACAAGGCCGAGGACAGAAUUUAUUCCUCCUAGGAGUACAAGACUUCAGCAACAAAACCAAAGUUCUUCACAAAGCACAGUGACAGGAAGCAAAGAAGGCCCCUCAACCCAAGAAAGCACAAAUCCAGCUGGGAAUUAGAUGAUGCGUGUUUCACUAAUAGUGCACAUGGUUUUUUUGUAAACAAGUCAUGGUUAUUUUGUAAACAAGAAAGCACUCUUACUGUGGUUUUUUUGUAGACAUGCAUCCCCUUUUGAUGUAACAGAUAGGGCUUUUUAGACCCUUUUUAAUGAAGUAAUACAUGUGUUU